UACUCGGAAGAUUACAUCUGAAGGAUCGACAUAAAUAUAUCGCAUAAUAAUCCAACACAAAAUACUGAAAUAGUCAUCUAGACUCCAUCCUAGUAGUUGAAUAAUCUGUAACCCCAUUUUGACGAGAACAUCUCUUUUUAAAUUCUAUUAAUUCCCAUUACUAAACAUCUUCCAUUUACAGACCAAACACGAGGGAGUAAAAAGAAAACCCCCUUCCUUAAGCACCAAGAUUACUCCUUACCCCUCUAUAAUCAUCACCUGAAUACAUCUCUUUCUUUUUUCAAAUAAUAACCAUGAAUAACUUGUUAUCAACAUCAUUCUCGCAGCAUGGGAAGAACAACUCCGGUGACAUAGAGAUGGGUUUAGCAGCAGAUGCGGGAGCAAACCUCGAAAAGUUCUUCGAAGAUGUCGAGAAAAUCAAUGAAGAUUUGAAGGAGAUAGAGGAGCUACAACGCAAACUAAGGGCAGGCCAUGAGGAGAGCAAAACAGCCCAUAACGCUGGUGUAGUGAAGGCACUCCGGUCUAGGAUGGACCAGGAUGUAAGCCAAACUCUAAAGAAGGCCAAACUCAUUAAGGACCGUCUUCAGGCCCUGGACAAGUCUAACGCUGCUAGUCGGAGCCUGCCUGAAUGCGGCCCUGGCAGCUCGACUGAUCGGACCAGGACCUCGGUCGUAGGGGGGCUAGGGAAGAACCUCAAGGACAAGAUGGAGGAGUUUCAAGAGCUGAGGGAGAAGAUCAAUGGGGAGUAUAGAGAGACAAUUGAGAGGAGGUAUUAUACGGUGACAGGGGAAAAUCCAGAUGAGAAGACUGUUGAUUUGUUGAUUAGUACUGGAGAAAGUGAAACCUUCUUGCAGAAGGCUAUUCAACAGCAGGGAAGGGGGCAGAUACUAGAUACAAUUGCUGAGAUUCAAGAAAGGCAUGAUGCUGUCAGAGACAUUGAAAGGAACUUAAAGGAACUACAUCAGAUAUUUCUCGACAUAGCCGUGUUGGUUCAGCAUCAAGGGGAGCAGUUAGACGACAUCGAGGCCAAUGUUGAUCGAGCUAACUCUUACGUUCAGAGAGGUACAAACCAGCUGCAUGAAGCUAGAAAACACCAGAAGAAUACCCGGAAAUGGACUUGCUUUGCCAUAAUUCUGCUGCUAAUCAUCAUACUAAUUAUUGUCCUUUCUUUACGUCCAUGGGCUAGAUAACGCUCCUAUGCAGCUGGUGAGCCUCUAGAUGUUGAGACACACGCCUGAUCUUCUAUACCAUACACAUUAUAUAGCACUCUUCCGCUGUCGAAUAUCCCCCUAUUUUUUGGUUUGUUUUCCGAUGUCGGCUUUUCUAGUCUAAUAUUCUAUGUAUAUAGAUUUGUAUUUUGUUGAGAGCAUCAGGAUUGUUUUAUUCAAUGAAGAUACUACUAAAGAUCA